UACCAUCCCUGUGGAAGCUUCAUACCAUUGUCUCGUUGUCAAAAACAGACCGUGCGUUGUGGAAACUUGGAAACUGUUUUAUUACAAUUUUGGCUUUUAUUCCAAACACUGUCAAAUACAAGUGUGCGCUUAUUAAACUCUUUCGAAUAGCUCUCGUAUGCAACAAGUAGCGUUUCGGCAUUACAAAAGAGCGUUUGUACUCUAUCAAAGUAAAUAGCGCAGCGCAGUGCAGGUGCUGCUGUUCUCAGACCUGAAUGGCUUGAGCAGAAAUGAUGGCAGAGCUGGAGGUGGAUCAAUCCAACCUGCCCAGAGUGCAGGAGGUGUGCCAGUGUUUUGCUGUUCUGGAGGAUGGAGCUUUAGCACACAACUUGCAGGAACAAGAGAUUGAACAGUACUAUACAUCUAAUGUUCAGAGGAACCAGCUGGUGCAGAAGGACAUCCGUGUAGCCAAAAGUCUUCAGGAUGAAGAGAAGCACACGGCGCGGCUCCUUCAGCAGCAGACCACACACCAACUGGAUGAAUGUGAUUCGGAAUACGCACGAAUGAUUCAGGAAGAGAUUCAGCGCUGUGCUGAGGAGGCCCGGAGGAGGGAGGUGGAAGACGAGGAAAUAGCAAAAAGGAUACAGGAAGAGGAAGAGCUUUGCAUCAGAAGCAGAGGCAGUUACCAAAAUAGAGAUGCUAGAGAGACCUCAAGUGCUCCACCAUACUCACCUCGGGCUGUUCACACACCUGAGGAUCGAUACUACAAACGGUCUUCAACCAGAAGGCGGCAGCGCUCCCAAUCACCCCCCUACUCAGAUUCUGAGGACGACCAGCGUAUGCCUACCCUAACCAAUACGAGUCAAGCGUCCCAAGACCGCAGCUAUUCCACGGUAGGGCAGAGAAUGGCGGUCAGCUACAGUGGACCUUCCAGAAGUCAUUCAGAUCAAGAUAACAAGAGCACAACAAGCGGCAGCUCCGUUAGCCAGAAAAGCAGGACAUCUCACCUCUCAGGAGGAUGGGGAGAUGUGAUCAAGCUCAUAAGGAAUGAUAUGAGCGAGCAAGGCUACCUCAGCCCCAGUUCUGAGGACGAACUCUUCGAACCCGUCUAUAAACUUGAGAGGAUACUGAAACAAAAGCAGCAGGCCUCAGAUCAGCGGGGUGACCGAGGUGAGAGGCUCCACGGCCGAACGAGGCAGGGAAACGGUUGUUGUCGUGAGGAGAGUUGUAGGGAGAGGGACAAAGAAAGACACGUUCAUUUUCUGGAUGAGAGAAGACUCAUAAACGGUGACCAUGGCGACAGCUAUAGUUUACAUGAAAAUGGUAGGGAGAGGGACAAACACCUGAACCCUAGAGAAAGUUUAGGGGACCAGCGGCAGACUCAAUCUCCGGGUUUUCGGCGUAACGUCUCAAUGCGACGUAGUUACCAUGGCGAUGUCAGGCUGAGCAGACGGACAUCGAUGCGUGGAGGAAGCAGAACGUGUACCCAGGAUGAUUCAAAUUUAGUUAACAGGGUAAGGCCUUUAAAUCAUACACAGUUGAUAGAGACGGAAGUGAGGCGACCUGGCCCUUUAAGGGAGGCCGAGAGUUGGGAGACGGCCAGAAACCAGCGUCAGAGAGCUCGCUCAUUAACCGAGGAAAGGACGAUUGACAGGGAUCAUAGGCGUUACCCUGGACAACACAGAAUUAGGCGGAGCCAAAGUGAGCGGCAAAGCUUUGAGGAAGAGAGAUCGAGCACAGAGGAGGAGAUGGAGGUGAGAGGGAUUGAGAGACUCCCAUCACGCAGCACCUGUCAAUCACGCAGUGGCCUCUCCCCCAGAGCAGGAAACACUGGGAGGAAUGGGACGGUGGCUCUUGACUUGGGUGAGCUGGAGCAGGUACUCCUCGAUGAGGAGCUGGCUCGCAGACUUCAGGAGGAGGAGAGAUUAGCUGCAGAGACUCAGCAGGGGUCUUCUCCUCUCAGAGGGAUGUGUCCUGAAGACUUCAGAAUGGCCCAGGUCGCUCAGGAUGAGGAAAUUGCACGUUUCAUACAAAAACAAGAGAUCAAGGCUAAACGGAGGUCUGCUGAGCUGGACUCUGUUGGAUCUAGACGGGAGUAUAGAGACACUGUGGCUGAGUAUGACAGGAGAGCACAUUGUGACAGACAGAGAGAGAGAAUGGGCUCUGAUGAGCUUCAGUCACCUAUUGAUGACUUCACAGCAGACCAUCAGCUCUCUAGCCCCAUUUCCAUGGCAGCACAACCCACCAGGAAUGUUGCAGAAGAUCUGGACCCCACCUUUCAUAGAAAGGAGAUUAAUGGAGCCAAUCAAGGUUCCCAACAAGUAGGUUUGUGUAACCCUAUAGAGGAGCAACCAACAUUUGUGCCACCUACAAAACGACAUAAUGACAAACCAGGACGAGUGAAGUCGAAGGACAAGAAAGAAAAUUUUAAGCAGAAAGAGAAUUGCAAGCAGCAGUGAUAAUGGACAAGGACAAAUCAAUGUCCGGCAGCUUUGAAUAUAUACUCAUUACAUAUUUAAGAUAAAUUGCAGGUCCCAGUCGUUUGGGACUUUCCAGUCUUCUCUUGUGGGAUGUUUUUUUUUUAAUCAGCAUCUCUUAAGCAAAACAGGGACACUCCAGAUAAUACAGCUAUUUAUAGAUAAUGCUACUGUUACCACCAUUGGACUUGGUCAAGGUCACACAUGGUCACACUCUCACACUUUAGUUUUUGUUGUUUCAGUUUUAUUCUGCAGCUGGUAUGAUGCUGCGGUGGGAAAGCUCCCAUUACUACUAUCUGGAAACCUAAAGUGAUACUAUAUGGUUGAGUAAACUAAAGAUUGAUUCUUUUAGAAUAACAUUUUUUACUUGUAUUUCAGGAACUGCUCAAAUCUUAAGUUGUUGAGUUUUCACCUUAAGUGUUAAUGUUAUUUCCACUUAUUUUCAAGUAUUGUUUGGCAUUUGUAACGGAAGCAAAAACAAAACCUCGAAGUUUAAAAAGCAUAUUCUUUAUAUUUAAUAGUUUAAGAGAAACAUCUCUUUGUAUUGGUCGCUCGCUCGCAUAAUCCACGUGUGCUGUCAGUAAUAUGGCUGGAGUAAGUGCAACAAUUUGAUAUAUAUAAUAUUUUUACACUCAUGCCGAGUGGCACCAAUAUGUAUU